AUUAUAAAGAAGAACAAGAACAAGAACUAGAAGUGUUGAAAUCGAUUUAUCCGGAUGAAUUGGAAGAAUUAGGUGAAGGGGAAUUUCGUAUAACGCUAAAUCCUGAAGAACAGGAUAGUUCAGCACCGCUUUUUGUGGCGUUGCGCAUAAAAUAUACACCCACAUAUCCGGAAGAAAUUCCUGAAAUGUCGAUAGAAGUUUUGGAGGGUUCGUUAGAAGAGAAUGAACAUGAAAAAUUUUACACAGACUUAAUGAAUAUGGCUCGGGAUUCAAUAGGAAUGGCAAUGGUAUUCACAUUAAUGUCAUUUCUCAAAGAUUCCUUAACUACUUUUACGACUGUAGACCAUAAUAGACCAGACACAAAACUGGACCAAAAUAGACCAGUCUGUCAUCUGCUUCGUGCGGAGCAUGCAAAAUUUCAAGGCACAAAAGUAACAGUCGCAUCAUUCUUAGAAUGGAAAGAAAAUUUUGAACGAGAAGUAGCAGAAAAAGAAAGGACUACGAAAAGUUUGGCUUUAUUAAAAAAAGAAGAAAUGAGAAAGAAUAAACUCACUGGUCGACAAUUAUUCGAACAAGACAAAGCGCUUGCUAAGUCUGAUGCCACAUUUAUGGAUGAAGACGAUGUUGCGGUUGAUAUUUCUUUAUUUGAAAGAGAGGUUGACGUGGAAAGUGAAGAGGAAGAAAAUGAUGUUCUUAGUUUAGUAAGGAGUAGUACUGAUGAAUAA